ACAGACUGUCCUUCAACUUACUUGUGCUCGUCGCGUUUGUUGCUUAGAUUGCCCACUAUCUUUGCGUGAUUUCUGUAUCAUACUGAAAUAGGACCACCAGCAUACCCUCAUUGUCCGAAUGAGCAGUCCUCACAUUGCGACUCCCCGCCAGUAUGGAGGUGGUCACUUUGGGGCUACGACGGCCGACAGACGACGUUCUGACAUCCGGAUGCCACGUUUCUUCAAGAGGCUCUUCAAAUUCCCGCAGAUGGACUUCGAGAUGGCAGUUUGGGAGAUGACCCAUCUUCUCAUCGCACCCAAGAAGGUUUUCAAGUCGAUAUACUACCACAAGCAGACGAGGAACACCUGGCACCGACCUGACCCGUCAUUCACCUACCUCUUGUCCUUUUUCCUGCUCCUCACAUCUUUCGCAUGGUCACUUGCGUACACGCCAUCCUUCGCUUCCGUUGUCAAGCUGGCCUUGAUGUUUGUUGUCGUGCAUUUUCUGGCUGGAUCCCUACUGAUAUCAACACUGGCAUAUUACAUGGUUGGCCGCUUGCUAGGGCCAGGGAUUGCUGGCUUGCCAGGUCGAAGGCGUCAACAAGGCCUGUUUGGAACACCUGGCGGAACAAGGGGAGCCGAAGUGUUGGAGUUCGGGUAUUGCUUCGAUGUCUCCAUCCGCGCAUUCUUCCCGCCAUAUGUUCUACUGUACAUCCUUCAAUACAUCCUCAUGCCGGUGAUCAACCACCAGAACCGCGCAUCGACAUUCUUCGCCAAUCUGCUUUACCUAGCGGCCGGGAUAUACUGGAGCUUGAUCACCUUUUUGGGAUAUAACGCGCUACACUUCCUUCAUCAUACUCAGCUCCUUCUUUCGCCCAUGCUGGCCUGGAUCAUCAUAUGGCUUGUGUGCACCAUUCUGGGCAUCAAUCUGACAACAGUGGGGACGAGAUGGCUAUUUCUGGGGGUGAGAGGCUGAAUGAAUAGAGUCCAGCCAAUGCAUCUGGCUCAUUGCGACUAUUGUUUUCCAAUCAUUUUCGAGAGCGUGCGUCCUAUUGAUAUCAACGUCGGUCCUACCGUGGACUCAUCCUUGACAAGUCACAAAAGUUCUGUCGUUGAGCUGCCCUCAUCAUGCAUGAAGAGCGUCAAGCAGGGCACCUUGGGCAUUGUUAGUUGCACAUUUGCCUUACAUCUGAGUUACGGAAACGAUGCCCUCGGCCAUCGCCACAUACGGAACGAUCGCCAAUUGUGGCUCGUUUCGAAGGCCCAAGGCGCGAUUUGACCUUAGCUUGGUCGUGUGGCGCUCGUUGAGCGGUGCUAAUGCAGGUCCCCCUUUGAUCCUCGGCUCAGGUACUUCAGCUUCUACGCCCACGUUAGGUAUACAGCAUCCACCGCCUAGACCUCUGUGCAAGGACUUUUCUCUGGCUCAAGGUGCGCAUCUAUCGAAGAAGUGAGGCAUUAUGACAUAGCACAUGGAAUGAUGGGAAUUCCUUGCUCGGGCUCAUUCAAGCUGUGCCCUGAUGUCUGACCUGUCAAGUCUCUGGUCGCUAGGUGGUCAAGGUGCCCCGGACACUAACUCCGCAUUGCCAUAAAUCCAGAGACAGAUCCUUAAAGUGACAUGCCGUUUCGAUCAAGGGAAGUGAAGCCGAGUGAUCACUCUGAUAGCAGAG